CUAGCAUUAUCAACAAAGAAGAAAAGGGGGGCGUGAUCCAAUUAAACUGUUAUUGGGUACAACAACUGCCGGCACGAGAGAGAGAGAGAGGUGGACAGGGUGGCUGACGUACGAGACAGCCUCAGGAGGAGGAGGAGGAGUCCUGCGCAGGACCUCAGAGGGACCACGUCCAGGCGGCUCACACACUCCCUCUCUGUCCUCCCUACUAUGUCUCCCCUGCCCUGAGACACAGACAUGCGUAUUGGACUUGGUACAAUAGUGUGGACUAUACUAGCCCUUGGAGGGGCAUCGCUUGUUGGGCAGGUGGUGCGCGUGCUGAGCAUUGAUGUGACAGAGCCGCCCAACAACACCCACCGUACAAAGAACAGACGUACAGAGUCGGGCAACGUAGUCUUAGAUUCUUCUUCUAACCAUUUAAUAUGGUUUAUGCAGAUUUCUGACCUUCACCUGAGUGUCUUUCAAGAUGUUACAAGAGCAACACAAUUUAGAGAGUUUUCCCUCGUCACCGUGGCUGCCAUCAAGCCUGCCGUUGUUCUCGCUUCUGGGGAUUUGACAGAUGCCAAAACUGCCGACAGGUUGGGUUCUCGGCAGUUUGUUGAGGAAUGGACCACUUACAGUGAGAUCUUACGGACAACAGGAGUAUUGAACAAGACUGUGUGGCUUGAUAUAAGAGGAAAUCAUGACAACUUCAAUGUGCCUUCACUGGCUAGUGAAGAAAACUACUAUCAGAAAUACAGUGUUCAAGGCCAGCAUCAUCCACGAUCUUACAUGUAUACCUACACUCGGGGUUCAGAUUCUGUGGCCUUCAUCGGUGUUGAUGCCUGCCUUCUUCCAGGGCCUAAAAGACCUUUCAAUUUUAUUGGUAUGGUGACUGCUUCUGAGAUGAGGAUGUUAGAGGAGUUUGAGAUGGCCAGCAUGCAUUACAACCAUACAAUUUGGUUUGGUCAUUAUCCAACAUCUUGCAUACUUUCACCAGAUCCAGGAAUCCGCCGUCUGAUGGGUCGUGGACUGGCAUACUUGUGUGGCCAUCUGCACACACUAGGUGGCCUUGUUCCUAAUAUGUAUACACGUCAGCAUACUGGGUCAUUAGAACUGGAGUUGGGAGAUUGGAAAGAUGGUAGAGUUUUUCGGGUAGCUGCUAUAGACCACGGUCUGUUUUCUUUCACGGAUGUGAAGCAUGGCACUUGGCCCAUCAUCCUUGUUACAAACCCUAAACAUGCACUGUAUGCCAUGAAGCACCAUGAACCACUGCACCUUAUUCAAGAGUCUACUUAUAUCAGGGUAUUGUUGUGGUCACUGUCUCCCAUUGCUGUGGCCCGAGUUAGAGUUGAUGAUUCAAGUUUCUGGCUCACGCUCUCCCAUGUAGAAGGACCACUGUUUGUCGCUAAAUGGAAUCCAGACAGAUACACAGUGGGAUUGCAUAUGCUAAAGGUGUUUGCAAGAGAUUCCAGCGGUCAAGAGACAACACUCGUGCAGCCAUUUUCUCUGGAUGAUUCUCAACCGUCUUUUCAUUUCUGGCCAAGAGCGCUUCUUAUGUCCAACAUCUCCAUGUUUUUUCAGUUCCUGUUUGGCAUUAUGGUAUGCAUCUGUGUGGUUCCUCUGUGUGUCCUGCGCUACAUUCAUCACUUGGUACUAGAACGGCGCAUGUUCCGUCCACGUCCUCGGUGGAAGAUCUUCAACACAUGGCUGCGCAAGUUGUGGGUUUUGGUAUCUGUAGAUAGACUCUUCUGGCCGUUAGUGAUUACUGCCAUAUAUUUGCCUCUUGGUCCAUGGUUUGUAGGGGAAGUGAUUGAAGAUCACAUAGGCGUCGUCUUUGCCUGGGGGACCUUCGUAAAUAGAAGUUACCUUCCGGGCUCCUUGACAUACGCAUAUGGAUUUUUCCAGACAGGCUGAUCAACUCCUCUGCUGUAAAAAGAUAACUUUCUUCAGUGAAUUAUUGCUUCUAAGGAAGCCAUGAAAGAAAUAAUUGUGAGUACUGGGAGAGAAACUAAUUAUGUCAGGCCCUUCUGCUCCACUGCUUGUUCAGGCUCCAGUUGUUAAGAUCCCAUGGUCGUAGCUCUAUAAACCAUGACAUGGACUAUUGAAGAGCUGCACACCAGACCAUGUAUCCAGAUGAUAAAUCCUUCAUAACCGUAUCAUCCCCAACUCUUAAGGCACUUUGUGUCAAAAAAAGUUAGGCAUUUUGUCUUAGACUAAUGCAUGCACUAAAUGCCUUUUUGAGUGCUAAACUUGUAAACUGCUGUGAAUUUUAGUCAGACAUUUUGUGGCCCAGUUGGAGAGUGAAAGUUUGAAUAUGCUUGUACUGUACUUGUUGUCAACAUGACAUCCAACCCCCUUGUGUCUACCUUGUGUAGCUUCCGGGGUUCAACAGCCCCGCGGCUCGGUCUCCAACCAGGCCUCCCGGUUGGUCUUCUCGUCAUCCAGGCUGUUUGAACGUGGCUGCUCGCAGCCUGACAUUAAUCACAGCCUGGUUGAUAUUAUAUCCCCCAUUACAAAUUAUUCCCAAUUAUUUUUGGUAAUAGGCCCAAAUAUACUAAGAACAAGAGAGGACUCAAAACUGAUACAUCUUUAACCAAAAGACCCUUGAAUUCAAUUCAACAGUCACGUUCUUUCCCUGAUAAGUAAUUAUCUUAGAAUUUUGCGUGUUACUUUGUUAAAUAUCUAAGAAGCAUUCAGGAAUGAAACUAUAUUGCAUCACUGCCCUGCAGUAUUUAAUGGUAAAUAAUUUCCUUGGCCAAAACACUGGCUUGAGAUAAGUGUAGGAUCGCCAGUGUCCUAAGCCUAUUACCGUAAUAAGCAAAAGCUGAAACUUAUGCACACAAAUUAGGAGCUCUCCAACUAGAUCAUGUGCACAACAGCAACUGCCUCCAUCCCUGGAAUGGUCCAUCAUGGUCCUCCAGCCAGGACUGUGAAAGAUGUAGCUAUACACAAAAAGCUAAGCUACUCUUGUGCUCACAAAUGACACUGAACAAAGUUCAUGCAUAGUGUGUCAAGGGACCUUAAUGCAAUCUCUUGUUGUUGUUUUCCUCCAAAUGUGGCUGUGCAACUGCUUUGGCCAGUCCAUUGCUUUUGCUGUCAUUUUUCAACUGUUCUCUCUGGCAUACUCAUUUAUGGCCCUCUGCAGUGCUUGCCUGUCUAUUGUCCUUCAUGUCCAGUUCUUCACUUUCCCGUGCCUUUCUGGUCUUGUUUCUUUCUCUCUUUCCUGCACUGCCUAUUGAUCCAUGGAUUAGCUUUGCUUAUAAGAAUAAAGGAAACGGCAUCAUCAAUUUCCUGCCUAAGUGGGAUGUACCUUCCUGUGGCACCUGAACAUUUCUUGGCUAUGAAUUCCAUCAUCUUGUAUACUGUCUUUUCCCACUUGUUGGUGGGCCCUUGCCCUUUAGUAGUACAUCUGUCUGUCUCAUUGAUUCCUUACUCUUUCUUUGGUCUGUGCCCCACCCUUACCCCUUCCCUCAACUGUACACCACUGUAUUUUGGAACUGAACACUAUAACACAGUGGCUGCUGGUUCAUAAGAGUAUCUUAUAUUUUAUUUUUUAACCCUCCAGUACUUUAUGUAACCUUCUUAACAAACGUGAUCUACUUAACUUUGCAGUUUCUAGGCUCUCUUUCCUGUCUAUCUCUUUUGUUACUAGAUUUUUCUUCAUCUUUGGCUUCUUGCAGUUUUCUUUUCUAUUUUUUUACUUUUUCUUAUAACCCCUUGGUCCUAUUCUUCCUUUUUUCUUCCCUUUAACCUUUACUUUGCCUGAUUUUCUUUAUCUUUAUUUUUACAUUUUCUCUUAUUCCAUCUAUCUUAUUAUCUUUAUUUUUCUCUUUUAUUCCUCCCACCUUUAAUCAUACUCUCCUCCCUUAUACUGCCUAUCUCUUUCCAUUACACGACUUGAUAAUGGUCCAGGAUGGACCAAAACAUCAUCGUUUCUUCAGUUUCUGACGUGUGGUUUGGAUGGUAUGACACCUUGGGUGACCCAACAGGGAUGCUUGAACAAUAUGGGGUCCUGGUGCCAGAAUGUCAUGCUGCCUCAAUGUUCACACACCUCAUGUAUAAUGGAUCUUACCUCAUGGGGCAGUAGAAUGGGAUAACUCAAAGAAAAUUACAUUUUCUAGUUAGCAGAUUUCUUUUCUUUCAUUUUCAUUCCAUAUCCAAACAGUUUUGGGUAUGUAGCUUUUCUUACUUAGGAAGAAUUAAUAAUACAUUUCUC